AUGUCACCACCCGUAACGAAUUAUUUAGGACGCUUAUUACACUCUUCAUUGUGUCGUCCGUUAGCUCAAUAUAAACGUACAUUUGCGACUACUUCACAUUUAAAUCAAGCUAGUGAUUCUAGUAGUUCUGCUACUGAAAAUACAACUCGAACCGUAACUUUAAUUCCUGGCGAUGGAAUUGGACCAGAAAUAUCACAUAGUGUUCAAAAAAUAUUUGAAGCAGCUGGAGUGCCAUUGAAUUGGGAAUCUGUUGAUGUUACCCCAGUAAAAGCUGCUAAUGGAAAAUUUCAAAUACCGCGGAAAGCAAUUGAAUCCGUUACACGAAAUCGAAUUGGAUUAAAGGGACCUCUUGCAACACCCGUUGGAAAAGGUCAUCAGUCUUUAAAUCUUGCAUUACGUAAACAAUUUAAUUUAUUUGCCAACGUGAGACCAUGCAAAACAUUAGAAGGAUAUCAAACGCCCUAUUCAAACGUUGAUUUAGUAACGAUAAGAGAAAAUACAGAGGGGGAAUAUAGUGGAAUUGAACAUACCAUCGUUCCAGGUGUUGUACAAUCGAUUAAGUUAAUUACUGAACAUGCAUCAUCAAGAGUUGCCGAAUAUGCAUUUCUCUAUGCUAAACAACACAAACGUGAAAAAGUAACAGCAGUACAUAAGGCAAACAUCAUGCGUUUAUCCGAUGGUUUAUUUUUGCGUUGUUGUCGUGACACAGCUGAAAGACACCCAGAAGUGAAAUUUGAGGAGAUGUAUCUAGAUACAGUGUGUUUGAAAAUGGUUCAAGAUCCGACACUGUUCGAUGUUCUUGUUAUGCCAAAUUUGUAUGGUGAUAUUUUGAGUGAUUUAUGUGCAGGUCUUAUUGGAGGACUGGGGCUCACACCGAGUGGAAAUAUUGGGGAAGGCGGUGCUGCCAUAUUUGAAGCAGUUCAUGGUACAGCGCCGGAUAUUGCCGGACAAGAUAAAGCAAAUCCAACGGCGCUAUUACUGAGUGGGGUGAUGAUGCUUCGACAUCUCCAUAUGGCUGAUAAAGGAGAAAAAAUAGAAAAAGCUUGUUUUGAUACCAUCAAGGACGGAAAGGUCCUUACUGGUGAUUUAGGAGGCAAAUCUAAAUGUUCAGAAUAUACAGCUGAAAUAUGCGCACGUAUUAAAAAUAGUUGA